CGAAGUUUGAACAGAAACUUGCAUUUCAUAUUUUAAAACCUUGAAAGUUAAUUUGUUGGGUGGUGUAAGGACAAGAAAACAUGAUGAAAGACACUGGAGGUUAACUAUCAGAAAGAAUGGACCGUGAUCCAGAGAGCCAGCGUGUGAUGUCCCUGAGAUUGUCCAAGGUGCUCGGGGACAUCGGGGUCACAAGACACAUGGUUGACAGGAGGAGGAGAACAUGGCUCAUUAAAGAGAAAGUUUACACGAUUGAAGUAAAUAUCCUUCGUGACAAAAACUACACAUGUUACCACGUUGGAAGCCAAAGUGAAGGAACCACUUCAUUGGGUAUGAAAUCGGAUGUAGACAUGUUAGUGAAAAUAAAUGACCAUUCUAUUAUUUUGGAAAUGUCUGAAUGGCAGUUUGGGGGCAAAGGGAUUUUUCUGAUGCUUAAGAAUGAGAAAACUCCUCCUCAACAUUGUAACCUACAAAUAAUUAGAACAGACCUUCCACUGCCAUUCACACAGGAUAUGGUGGUCAAAAGCCUGGAGUGUGAAGUUGACAUGGAAGGCAAGGUGCUGCUCAAAAACACUGUACAUGACUCAUUACUGACACAGACAUGGGGAGUGGAAUAUAUUAGGCAAGGUCCAUCACGCAGUGGAAACAAAGAGUUAGAUGUGGUAAAUGCUUAUCAUUGUCCAAGGGUGCCAGAAGAGUGUCAGAUCUUCUUCCAAAGACCUCGGCCUGGACACUGGCCCAGACCUGAGACACUGGAACAGGCAAGAGGAUAUGGAAUAUUCUUGGUUCCACAAGGACAUGCUGAAAGUUAUGAUUCAAGUAUUGAGUGGAGAUUCUCUACUUCCCUCACAGAAAGACUUCUCAUGUUUGACCUAAAUAGCAGCAAGGUAAAGACCUAUACAUUUCUGAAAAUACUAAGGAAGACAUUUUUUAAACCUAUCGUAGGUGACCGAUUGAGUUCAUUCCAUUUCAAAACCACCCUAUUAUCCACGAUUGAGACCUAUCCUCCCGAGAUUUGGCGGAAGCAAAGUCUACUACAGUGUAUCAUUUACUGUCUUACUACACUAAGGCGCUGGUGCAAGAUGAAUUACUGCCCACAUUACACAAUCUCUGGUGUUGACUUGUUUGUGGGAAAACUGCAGAAGUUUGAGCUGUUGCGUAUCUCUGUAAUGUUGUCAGACAUGAUAGAGAAUAUCAUAACAUACGUUGUGCAUAUAAAUAUGGAUCAGGUCGGAGAUAGAAUGCUGGUAUUAAAUGGAAACACACUUUCACAACUGCAAAUGAGAACAAGGUAUGAGAAUCAGGAGAUAACAGUGAAAUACUGCUUGGAUUCUUUGCUGUUUGAAUUGUACAGUUUACCAUGGAAAUACGUUACACAGAAAACUCUUCCACAAUUGCUGGUUUCUGUUGACCAAAUUAUUAGAGAUUUAAUUUCUUUAAGACGCAAUAUUAAUAAAGACACAUUACAUUUUGCCAGAGAUGUCAUCGGCUCAGGCGUAAAAUACCUUUGUGGUCUUCUAGCCUCAAUCCAGGCUUCCAGAUGCAUUGAGUUACGCCAAACCAUCUCACCAGACAUUUAUAACUUAUACCAAACUUCUUUGGUUUCAAAUGUGACAUCAAGCAGGCUUAAGUUUGCUUCCAUGUUGUACUGCACUGGACAGCAUGAGGGUGCUAUAACAGUGUUGAACUUCACUGAGGGAUUGCUGCACGAAGAUGUAUUACCCCUAUGUUUGAGCAGAAGAAGACAGUGUAGACCUACCAGAAACUUCCUGCGCAAAGGGCUGUAUCUUCCAGUAUCGGAGAUUAUUCAGGAUUUGGUGGCAAUUUGUGUUGUAUUCCUGCCUCGGGAAUCCUACUGUGUGCCAAAACAUCUGGUGUAUGAGUUAUACAGGACUUGCACACAAGCAGACAUUCAACACAGACACCCCGCGUAUUGUGACUGGAUGGACUGUGUUACAGUCGACUCAAUCCCAUUUCUUUACUACCUGCAAUACCUCACGUAUAGAGAGCACGGGCAACAUGACAAGAAACUGGCAGCAUUGCAGAAGCUUUGUAAUUAUGUGAAUGAUGACGAAAAUCAGUAUGGUUACAAAGAGACGGCAUGGAAUAUGCUGGGUCAUUGUUGGCAACUUGAAAACAAGUUGGACCUUGCUUGGCAAUGCUUCUGUGAGUCAGUAUGGGCAUACCCACAAAACAAUGCUGCACGAUGGCAUAUGGCUAUUAUUUUGACAAAGCUGCACGAUGGCAUAUGGCCUUUAUUUUGACAAAGCUGCACGAUGGCAAAUGCCAGUUAUUUUGACAAAGCUGCACGAUGGCAAAUGCCAGUUAUUUUUACACUGCUGCAUGAUGGUGUAUGGCCGUUAUUUUGACAAUGCUGCACCAUGGUGUAUGGCAGUUAUUUUGACAAUGCUGCACUAUGGUAUAUGGCCGUUAUUUUGGCAAUGCUGCACAAUGGCAUAUGGCCGUUAUUUUGA